AUGGGCAACGUCUGUCUGAGGCUCCGGGCUUACUUGCAGCGCUGUAUGCCCUGCUUGUUCCGGGAGGCAGUCAAGCCGGUGGUGAUUGAGAAUCCAGGAGCCCAUUGCCCCCCUGAUGCUCCUAAGCCACAGAAGAAGGAGCCUGAGAGAAGCCACGGCCGCUACUUCGUGGCUCUGUUUGAUUACCAGGCUCGGACGGCAGAGGAUCUGAGCUUCCACGCAGGGGACAAGCUCCAAAUCCUGGACACUUCCCAUGAGGGCUGGUGGUUUGCCAGACACCUGGAGAAAAGGGGAGACGGCUCUGGCCAGCAACUCCAGGGCUAUAUUCCUUCUAACUAUGUUGCUGAGGACAGGAGCCUACAGGCAGAACCGUGGUUCUUUGGAGCAAUCAAAAGAGCAGAUGCUGAAAAACAGCUAUUAUAUUCAGAAAACCAGACGGGUGCCUUUCUUAUCAGAGAAAGUGAAAGCCAGAAAGGAGAUUUCUCCCUUUCAGUUUUAGAUGAAGGAGUUGUAAAACACUACAGAAUCAGAAGGCUGGAUGAAGGAGGCUUUUUCAUUACCCGCAGAAGAACCUUUUCAACAUUGAACGAGUUUGUGAACCACUAUACCAAGACCAGUGAUGGCCUGUGUGUCAAACUGGAAAAACCAUGCUUAAAGAUACAAGUCCCAGCUCCUUUUGAUUUAUCAUAUAAAACUGUGGACCAGUGGGAGAUAAACCGCAGCUCUGUACAACUUCUGAAGAAACUGGGGUCCGGUCAGUUUGGUGAAGUGUGGGAAGGUCUAUGGAACAAUACCACUCCAGUAGCAGUGAAAACAUUAAAACCAGGUUCAAUGGAUCGAAAUGACUUCCUGAGGGAGGCACAGAUAAUGAAGAGCCUAAGACACCCAAAGCUUAUCCAGCUUUAUGCUGUUUGCACUUUAGAAGAUCCAAUUUAUAUUAUUACAGAGUUGAUGAGACAUGGAAGUCUGCAAGAAUAUCUCCAGAAUGAUGCUGGAUCAAAAAUCCAUUUGACUCAACAGGUAGACAUGGCGGCACAAGUUGCCUCUGGAAUGGCCUAUCUAGAGUCCCAGAACUACAUCCAUAGAGAUCUGGCUGCCAGAAAUGUCCUUGUUGGUGAACAUAAUAUUUACAAAGUGGCAGAUUUUGGACUUGCAAGAGUUUUUAAGGUAGAUAAUGAAGACAUCUAUGAAUCUAAACACGAAAUAAAGCUGCCGGUGAAGUGGACUGCACCUGAAGCCAUUCGCUCUAAUAAAUUUAGCAUUAAGUCUGAUGUGUGGUCAUUUGGAAUCCUUCUUUAUGAAAUCAUUACUUAUGGCAAAAUGCCUUAUAGUGGUAUGACAGGUGCUCAAGUAAUCCAGAUGUUGGGUCAAAACUAUAGACUCUCUCAACCACCUAACUGUCCACUGCAGUUCUACAACAUCAUGUUGGAAUGCUGGAAUGCAGACCCUAAGGAACGGCCAAAAUUUGAGAUACUGCAUUGCAAACUUGAGGACUAUUUUGAAACAGACUCUUCGUAUUCAGAUGCAGAUAACUUCAUAAAAUGAACACUGAAGAAGAAUAGCAAAUAAUGAAGUAAAAAUAAAAUUGAAUAAUCAGUCCAGAAACACAACCUUAUCAAGUAACUGUAAAAUCAGUUUAUGUUGCUGUAUUUAAAUGAUACUUUGGCCAGGUAUUAUAAAAAAGGUUAUGUGAACAUUUUAUUGAUUGGGCAGUGCUGCAUGCCAGUCAACAAUGAUAUAUCAUUUUCUCACUGCCUGGCAAAUCAAACAAACUAACCGAAGUUAUUUUUCUUUUUAAAAGAUACUGGCAUUUCUAUUUAUUGUUUGAAAUUCCGAUCAAGAGAAUCAACAAAUGAUAGACAAUUUUUACUCAAUGACUGUUGUAGCAUUAUCCUUUUUACUGAUUAGAGUGGUUAUUCAUUUAUUCCUUGUUUUCCUGAAUCCCAUCAGGCUGUUAUUAUGAAGGAAUUUGAUUGCCUUGCUGCACAGCAGGACCUGUGCUUUGAUUUUUUUUUUUUUCUCUUUUAAAAUAUCCUGUGACUACAAUAAUGGUAAACCCACGUUAAA